GUGAGACGCUAAAUGCAUAGAAAUUUGUUCUUGCGUUAAUGUAAAUUUUAGUAUUACCUCUCUGCCUCUUUCGAAUAAAUAAAAUGAGCUAUUCAUUCAUCAAAUAUUGCCGCUGUGAUUUUCAGUAUUAAUUGCCCAGAACGAAAAGAGAGAUUUCUCCAGACGCAAUAGAAGUUUUAUAUCGCAAUGCAAAUCUAAUCAAAGUCGGUAUAAUACGAUUAAGUGUCAACUUUGUUUGCAGAUAGCGAAAUGGUUUAACCGGACUAAGUGUCGAGUCGAGCACCUGGACGUGUAUGUAAACGUACAAUUUCAAAUUGCUCUACAUAAUCAACAUAUUAUAGUGUAAAAACGAACUUUAACAUAGCCUAAAGUCCAAUCGAGGAAAAUAUAGCAUUUUUGGAACAAAAUGGUUGUACAAUCUAAACUAAGCCAAGUCUUUAGUUAUCAAUCUUGGGUGCAUGCCGUGUCAGGUGCAGCGGUAGGGCGGAUGCAUUGCGAUGAGCGCAUUCUAUCCACUUGACACAGUGCGUUCAAGAUUACAACUUGAAGAUCCGGAUAAAAUUGGCGAAGCCCGAAGCACCACAAAAGUUAUCAAAGAUAUAAUAUUUGGUGAAGGCUUUCAGGCUUUGUAUCGCGGCUUAGGACCAGUACUGCAAAGCCUGUGCAUUUCUAAUUUUGUAUAUUUCUACACAUUUCACAGUUUAAAAGCUAUAGUUUCUGAUGAUAAACAGCAGUCUGCUUUAAAAGAUCUUUUCUUGGGCUCAGUUGCCGGCAUUAUAAAUGUUCUAUGCACCACUCCUUUUUGGGUUGUUAAUACGCGUGUGCGGAUGCGUAAUGUAGCUGGUACAUCAGACGAUGUUAAUAAAUACUAUAAAAACUUGGUCAGUGGACUUUUGUAUGUCGCCAAAACUGAAGGAAUUCGUGGUUUGUGGUCUGGCACAGUAGCAUCGCUAAUUCUUGUCACUAAUCCGGCUUUGCAAUUUAUGAUGUACGAACUACUGAAACGCAAUAUCUCGAAAUUCAGAGGAAAAGAGCUAUCGAGUUUAGGUUUCUUUGUCAUAGGUGCCCUUGCUAAAGCAUUUGCUACUUUACUGACGUAUCCACUGCAAUUGAUUCAAACAAAACAACGCCAUCACACAAGGAAGUCAUCCGCCGCGGAACAAUAUUCAAACGACGGUGCUAGUAUGAUUGAAAUAAUGCUGAGCAUACUACAGCAUAAUGGUUUUAAGGGGCUUUUCCGCGGCUUGGAAGCGAAAAUACUGCAAACAGUGCUAACUGCUGCCCUCAUGUUUAUGGUAUAUGAGAAGGUUGCAGCUACUGUUGGUGUUUUGUUAAAAACAUCGUCGGCUGCUGCGCACAAAUAGAUUGUACACUUGCCUAAUUUAUAAAUUUUCUAUGGGGUAGGAUUGAUAUACAUAUAUAUGUAUAUUUAAAUUAAACUGGUUUUAAGUGUUAAAUAAUAUAAUUUCUUGGAUUUAAAAACGAAUGUAAAUACUCUGUUGGAAAUAAUUGCAGUGGUAUAUAGUCAAAAUUACUACCAAAGAAAAAACGAGAUUUCAUUUUUUUGUUUAUUUUAUUUUCUGAUGUUAAAGCUUAUAAGAAAUAGUGUUAUGAACGAAAAAUACAGAACUCAAUUUUUAUAAAAAUAUAAAUGUAUAAAAAGAAA